CACCCAAAAGCGAUCUAAAGGAUGUGGCUGACCCUAUGCAUCGCUAACCAAGUCACGUUUCUAACGGGCUUGUCAGAAUCGAUCAGUUCAUAAACAGACCAGCGUCUCAGAAAUCCGCUUCCAGGCACCGACGCGCGUAGUUCACGUAAUCUUACUUCACAGUUGCACGUUUCGUCUGCACUUUGGGAUUGAGAGAUUUGGGAAGCAGGCUUGUCGCCGGCCAGCAGGUUUGCCAGGCGCAGUGAGUCGUCAUCGAUAGCUGGAGCGUGGAUUUGGAGUAAGCUGGACGCAGCUAACGUGAGGGUUACUUUGAUUGAUGCAUGCGCAAGGUCAAGGGCGUGGGUACGUGUGAGGGAUUUGAUUCUUGACUGCAAUGGCGUGGACGCGGUGAUUGUGGUUCGUAGGCGAGAGCGGGAUUCGACCGCUUGUGAGGCCAAGAGGGGGGUGGGUUGAGGGUAAGGAAGAGCUUCCUGUCGUAGCAAAUGAGGAAGACGUUGAAGCACUGCUGUUGUUUCACAUCAUUGAUGCAGCUCAGCGUUCGCGCGUUUGUCGGCGCCUCACCAGGAUGUGUUCGAAUUCUAUCAGGGAAUUGUGUCAGCACAGAGGGCUUUGCCGAGAGACAGAAUUGUGCGCUCUUAGAUAGCAGUUGAUCAUUCAAGUUAUGUCGAUUUUUGAACCACUUCAAAACACCAUGGGCUAUAUCCAGAGUCGCCUUAUUGCAGGUAGACGUGCCCAGCACUUGGUCGCCUUGUCUUCGCUGUUCAACACAGGCAUCCAACCCGCAAUCAAAGACAUCAAACCGUCCGUCUCUUAUGGCCAAGCUCUUCAAGCGAAAAAAGAAGAAGACUUCGUCAUCGUCAAGACGAAUUGCCAAAGGAUCCCCGGGGACGGGUCCUCAACCUACGAUGCCUUUGCGAUUUUGGACGGCCACAAUGGAUCCGCUGCUGCGAUAUUUACGAAGGAUAACCUGCUGAACAAUGUCGUCAGUGCAGUCCCAUCCGGCCUGAAUGGGGAAGAAUGGUUGGCGGCUCUGCCUCGCGCAAUGGUUGCAGGGUUUGUGAAGACCGAUAAGGACUGGCGAUCUAAAGGUACCCCAUAUGGUACCCUAAGAGGGAUCUUUUCAGGGACAACAGCAACCCUAGUGAUUGUGGACGGAUUUACUGUAACUUGCGCCUGUGUUGGUGACUCCCGAUGCGUGCUCGAUGCACAAGGAGUUGCGACAGCCCUAACGAUCGAUCACAGAUUCGACACCAAUGAGGAAGAGCGGGAGCGCGUUGUUGCAAGUGGAGGCCAGGUGGCCAGGCUCCACCCUUAUGAUUGCGAGAUUGGGCCAUUGAGAUCUUGGCCGGGCGGUCUGUGCCUGUCGAGAACAAUUGGAGACCUCGAUGCGGGCGAAUACAUCGUCCCUGUGCCCCAUGUGAAGCAAAUCAAGCUUUCACCUGGAGGAGGCAGGCUUAUCAUCGCCUCGGACGGAGUCUGGGACGCCCUGACCUCAGAGAAGGCUGCCAAGGUCUGUCGUGGUGAGAAGCAACCGGAGGUUGCUGCGAAGAAUAUCGUCAAGGAGGCAGUCAAGGUGCAGGGUUUACGUGAUGAUACAACCUGUCUGGUGGUAGACAUAGUUCCUCCAGGCCGAGCUUCUCGCUCCUUCGCUCCAGCAGUCCGAAAGCAAAUGAUGGUGAUGAAGUUCUUGCGGCGCACACGGAACAAGAAGUGUAGCACUGUUGCUGCCCCCAUGGAAGAGCUCUUCGAGGAGGGUUCUGCAAAACUGUCUGAAAGAUUGGGACCAGUGACUUGAGAGCAAAACACAGAAGCAUGAAACCUCCUCUUCCUUCGCAAUUAUCAUUGCAACACCAAUGCAGGCCGCUGCAGGCAUAUCUGUUCUUGCUCGCUGGGUAGCCUACGAACUUGAGCUCUAGGAUAUCUUCUGAUUUGUGUGCAAGUGGAAUCAUCCUGAAGUCGUUCGAGGGAAGGAAAGGCCGCUACCAUAUCUAGCUCAAGGACUGAACUCAUCUCUUCUCCAACUGACAGCAUCGGACUCUCUUGUAUUAUGUGAGUGCACUGUAGAUGACAUGCAGCUGAGCAGAUCAUUUGUCGUAAACAAUUGUCGGUGAGGUUCAGAAAGCAAAGAAUGCAUCCAUAAAAGGUCUAGGACUUCAGACUCGAGCAGUGUAAAUAGACAGAUAGAUACAGACAGAUUCCGAACAAUUCAUUCAGGCACUUGGGUCACUGCCCGUGUGACUUCGCAGCCUGAGGGUUUCCUGAACCCUUGCAGGAAAAAUAACGUUGUAAUAUUACACUUCAUUGGCAUUCAGCUGACUUCGCAAUCAGAGAGGUGCCCAGAAAAAGUCCACCUUUCUGUUGUUGGUUGUGUUUUGA